GCAUUUAUUGAGCGAGUGACCCUUUCCAUAGCUUUAGCCAUUGUCUAUCAGCCUGCGUUUGCAAAGGCUCACCGAAGCUAUGCUGGGUGCCUCCUCCUCCCUCCAUUGGCUCUCUCUCUCUCUUUCUCUUUCUCUCACUACACACUAAUACCAUGACAAACAUGGGUCAAUGCCCCACGCUGAUUCAGCCCUGAGAUAAACUAAAUCCUCUUUCACUGCAAACAGUGUUGUUGGGCCUUAUACUCUAUCAGGCAAGCUAUGCUGGCAGGCCCGCCACGCAGGCGCGGGCAUUCAUUAGGGGGUGACUUGAGUUGAGUUGGCUUGGCUUGGCUCGAUGCAUGCAUACAUACAAGUGAGCGCACGGCAAUCAGUAAGGUUUAUGCUCUCUUCAGUAAAGCACGUAGCGUUUGCUUCUCUGUGUGAAAGGACUCACUGUGCGACUCUAUACAGAUGCUCUGUGUGUACUGGAUAUGUGGAUAUAUACUCUACAGCUAGCUAGCUACGUUGGUUGCGUUGUUAGCCACUGCCUAUAAAUUUGGAUCGCAGUUUGGACUGUAGUGUAGAGUGACUGCGUAUGCUGUUGGCUUUCCUUUUACAGUGCAGGAAGAAGUUUUCAGUGGAUAUUUACAUUUCUAACUUUACAUUCACUCACAAAUGAUUGUCUUUAUGACGUGAAUUAAUUCCCAUAUAGUUAAAGCGUUGUGAGAGGAUCAUCCUAUUUGAAUGUUAGCAGCGGAUUAGAGCGGAGUUUCAUUUUGGGAAUAAGCCAGAGGAGAGAACAGGCCAACAGAGUUUCAUAUCCGCAUUUAUAAACAAACUACAGAGGUAAACUCUACUCUACUCUACAGGGAAUUGAAAACAACUAACAUUAAAGAAAUAAAGUCAAAAUUGAUCAAAGUCAGGAGAGCUUUACAGCAGGAUCAAUGAGUUAACACAUUUGGUAGAGAAGCAAUAUUAUUUUCAGUGAAGCUAAAAAGACAUAUGUGUCUUUAAGUUUGAGGAUAUCAUCCAUGGGCUGUCUUAGUGAUCGCAAAAGAGAAAAGAGUGAGAGUCCUAGUCGAAAGCGAAGAAGGAUGUCCCAAGGCUUGGUAGAGACGUCGCCCAGUCCUCCCCUGGCCCGGCCCUGGCUAUCAGGCACCACCAGCUAUCACCACCCGCACCACCCCUUCACUGGGGCAGGGGCGCAUCGAUCGCCCCCUACCAACCACACCAUAGGUACCGCAGGACCCCUCGAUUGGUGCAACAACCCAGCCGCGCAGAGACAAGCUGGCAGGAUUAGUCCACCUACGAUGAGAAGGCAGAGCCAACGUCAGAGGGAGCGGUUACUGAGGAGCCGGAACCAGCCUACGUCGAUCGGUGUGAUGAACCCUGCCGACCAACGGGCCUUUCAUCCUCCCAACCCUCCUCAACAUCCUGGUGUUUUACCUCAUGGUAACCAUCAAGCCCAUCAUCAAGGGGUUCCCUUCCAACCUCAGCUCAUCAUUGAUCUCAGUAAUGAGGUAUGGAAUAAUGUGUCAGUACCAAGCAGCGUACCCCUUUCCAUUCCAAUGUCAGUCCCAACCUUUGCGGUGCCUGUCUGCACCGGCCAUACCACCAUGCCAACCUGCACCACCCAGUCAAUCCACUACCCAUCACCCCUCUUCGCCGGUGGAGUACCGCCCCACCAUCAGACGUUACCCUCCCACAUCCCCAUGUGUAACGUGGGCCACCUGCCGGUAUGUGGGAUCCACAUACCCACCUGCCACGGUCACCAUAUGCCGGUCUCGCAGGGGACCCAGACCAGCCUCCUGCAACAGCAACAGGAGGCACUUCUAGGGCACCUCCAAGUAGCAGCGGCGGCGCAACAGCACCCUGCUGCACACCAUCACCACCAUCAUCAUCACAUGCCCACGGCACAGGUGCAGUACAUUCCCUCAGCACCACAUCAUCAGCAGCACCACCAGCGUACCGGUGAAGUGGAUCACCUGAUGAAUGAGAGUCCAGCAGCAUUCCAUGUGCCUUCAUCUACGCAUCAUAAUCCUCCCUUCACCUCAAAUUCCCUCCACAUCAUCCCUGACCCCUACCUGAGAACCUCCGCAGAUGUCCACCAACUGUUUACUUACCCAAGAUUCAACAGUAUGGGACGUCACCAACGGAGACCGUUGCCACGCCCACUCAGACCCCCACCUGCAGCCCUCCAACCUCUUCUCUUCAGAUAUCUAUUACCCAGUCCCCAAGUGACUCAGGGUUUCCCCGUGGAGCUGGAAGCGGAUGACGCCGAGGUAGAGAACUACGAGGCCCUGCUGAACCUAGCCGAGAGACUCGGGGAGGCCAAGCCCAGGGGAUUGAGCAAGGCUAACAUCGAUCAGCUACCUUCGUACCGCUACAAUCCAGAGACACCUCGUACCAUUAAUGACCAAACAUGCUGUGUGGUAUGCAUGAGUGAUUUUGAGACCAGACAGACCCUACGUGUUCUGCCGUGCAGUCAUGAGUUCCACGCCCGCUGCGUCGAUAAGUGGCUCAAGAGCAACAGGACCUGCCCGAUCUGUCGUGCUGAUGCCUCGGAGAUCAACAGCCAAUCAAGUUAGAGUAUCGUGCCAAGCAUUCAAAGCGCACCAAUAGACAGUGACUGCAAGAUCAUCAGGUGACCCGUCAUGUGAUGUGUCAUCGACCAAUCAUCAGCUUCCCUUACAAUCAGCCAAGGAGGAGGGAGACAAACGCUUGUCGUCAGAUCAGCCUGUCAAAGAUGUGGUCUUUGAGGCUUCCUGCAGGCAUCAUUGAGAGGAGUCACUAAAAGAUCAAAGUCUUGUUUAUUUCUAUAUAUUUCAGGGAUAUUUACUAAUUCUUUUUUUCUUGCUUUUUGAGAUUAGAAUUAUUUUUGUUUGUUAUGUACACGGUUGAAUAUGCACUCUUUAUGCAGAGAAUUAGAUUUGUUGUUUGAAAGAAGAAAAAAAAACUAACCAAGUAAUCCUGCUUGCAGUCAGUUGUACAUGUACCUCAGAGAAUAUGUAACCUUGUGUUUAGAGCCAGCUACCUUCACUCUGUUCUAUAUCAUGCUAGUACUCUCAAAUUUAUAUUUAACAAUCAUUGUAGGGCAAGAGCAUGUUCCGUGGGACUCACAAGCAACUCAAGCGUAGCAAUAAACCUAGUCCUCCUAGCUAGUGUUUUGGAUGAAAUAUAGCAUGAUAUUUUCAAACAGCACUAUGGUCUCGUCAAAACUUUUUGUUCGUGACCAGUCUCUAAUUCAGUACGGCUUCAAUCCUUCAUGAGGUGUGGCUUUAUUUUGAAAAAUGCAAUAAUUUUUUUUCCUCAAAAUGUCAUACUUUUGCUAUCAUUAACCCGUGUUAAUGGAAGGUACCCUUUUUGUCCAUGCAUUUUGGUUCUUUCUUUCUCUCGUAACUUUCUCAUUAGAUUAAUCGUGCAAUCUAUACUCAUGCUUUUUUGUUUUAAAUUGAAUUUUAGCUUCUCUGUACAUUCUAUCAAAGUAUGACUUCCAUACUUUCAUCAAAGAUUUAUGAAUGAAACCUUGCUAUUUGUAUGCUUUUUAGAAGAUAUUUCCUAUUUUAUUUAUCUGCAAAUCAUGUGGCAUUUACUUAAUCCUGGUGUAUUCAUUUAUUAUUAGUUGAUUUUUGUUGAUAUUUUGUUAUAUUUCCAUGUACUGCUGCUGCCAUUUCAUUUUUUUUUAAAUCCAGCUUUCUUUAAGCCGUUGAUAAAUCGUUAUAUGACAUUACUUCUGAUAUUCCUAUAAUUCCUUAAAAUGCGUAAUGAACAUGGAUCAGAUGAAAGUAGUGCUGAAAUAUUUUGAAUUAUUAUGCGCUGUUCAGUGCUUUUCACUGUUACAAUUAUGUGAUCAGAAAACAUUUUAAAAGACAAAAAUCUUCCAUAUAUGCAAGAUAUUUGUCAAGAUAUGGUCUUGAAUUCCUUAGCUGCCGAAGCUACUGUCGUCCCAAUGAACCGACGUGCUAUUCAUUCUUCCAUGAUCCGGCUAUACUCUCUCCGUCAUAUAUAGGCCAAUGGCACAGGAUGUUGUCAAUUUGAUUCAAUUUUGCUCAGGAUUUAUCGCUCCAACUCCCCAAACAAUGUUGCUCUAACAGUUUUUUGCUCAGGGAUAAACACAAUUACUUUUUUUUCUUUUCUUUUGAUAGUGCUAAAUUUGAUUACCCGGUAGUGUUGCCCCUUCUGAUCUGCAAAGUACAGUUCCCAUGGCAACGACUGUUUAUAUGUGCAUUUAUAGAUAUGAGUGAUUUUUUUUUCUUCUUUAUAUUUCCCUCCAUUCUAUCGAUCAUUAACAGUGCCUUAUAGGUUUUUAUUUUUUCCUUCUUUUCCUUACGUCCAAAGUCGUUCCUCUUUCCUUUUUUUUUGGUGAGGUUUCCUUAGAGUGUCUUGAUAUUAUAUUGCAAGUAGGCACUGACAAUUUGCUAUGGUGUACUUACUUUUUAUAUUCACGUUCCACUUUCAUAGAUCUCGUGUAAUCGUCACGUUUGACUUGUUUUUAUACCUUUUUUUUAUAAGUAGGUCAAGUUGUGUCAUCAGUCUUUUGUUUUCAUGUUGCCAAUAUUGUAUUACUAUACCUGCUUGCUCUAUCCACUUCUGUGUUUACCCAGUUUGCAAUAUUUAUUCUUUGGAGAAAUGAUUUUAGUUUUGUUCCUUGUAUUUCUUUUGUCAUUUUGCAACUAAUACUUCUACUAAAAACAACAACAAAACCAUUUCCCUUUCUUUAUCAUGUUUUGAAAGUUUAUUUUCUUACACGUUUUUUCCAGUCCUGAUUGUUGAUUGUAAACUAUGAAGUAUUAUUACCGAUGAACUCUUGUACUAGUUGGCAAUAUGCAAUAGUGUAUUCUGCUAUGUGGUGCUUUCUUAGGAAAAACAAAAAAGGAAAAAGGGAAACUGUGCUUAGAAUGGACUUCUAUAUUUUCAUGCAAGACCUAUACUACCAUACAUGUCAAGGUGAUGUCAUUUCAAGCAAACAUUGAGAUGGAUAUGUGUUAGAUUUUCAGUGGUUAAGAUGAGGUUAUAAAGGAGACGGUCAAAUGCCAUAAGAGAACAAUACAUCAUUUUAAGAUUCAUGAUUUCAUAUUGUCUCCAGUCCACUUUGCCAACAAUUCAUAUAUUGUCAUAACAACAAUUCCCAAAAAAUGCUAUCAACACUAUUGAAAGAAACUGUUAUAACCUUUUGAUCUCAAAAUAGCAUUUUUGUACAAAAUUGUGCUAUUUUCUCAAAUUUUGAUUCAUAUUUUAAUUCAUAUUUUGGAAUAAUUCUGUGAAUUCAAGAAAUUUCUCCUGGAUUGUGAUGCAUCUUCUAACAUGCUUCCCCAACCUCACAGCAUAUUGAAUAGCCUUCGUUUUGUUUCAUGUAAAAAUAUUGAAAUUAAAGUAUUCCAUCUGCAAGCAAUUUGUUAUGCAUGAAAUAUGCUAUUCCCCCCCCCCCCCCUCCAAUCCCCCUCAAAAAUGCCCCUUUUCAAUUAAAUUAACAUGCAUGAUUCUCUCUUUUCAAGUAGAUGCAAUGUUUCCUGAUUUAAAGCAAGCAAUGAAGUGGAUUUUAGAGGUGUAUGAUAAGCAAAACUUACCAAACUAGUGAAAUGUUAUGCUUCCCGCGCAUCAAUUGAUUGAUAUUAUUCUAAUCAGUAUCUAGCAUGUGAAUGCAAUUUUGAUAGAAAAAUGGGUUAAGAAUUUUGAAAAUGUACCUACACGCGAAUCAGAGUCACUUGUAUUUCCUUUCGUGUUUUUUUUCUUAUAAAUCUUAUCUGAAGAGCAAGAGUGCCUAGUCUUUUUUAAGAGUUAGUGCUAGAGUAGUUAGAAUGAGCUGUAAGACUCAUUUGGGCGUGAAUAUAAAGAUUUCUGGGUUUUAUAUAUCAGGCUUUGUUGUGUAUACAUGCUUUCAUUAGAAUCUCACCAACAAGUUAUUCGCUUUUUGAUGGCUGCGGCUUUCAGUGUAAAAAGAACUUAUACACAGUAUUUUGUAUCACUGUACCUCUGACGUAGGAAUACAUGUAUAUCAUAUAUCAUGAGAUAUCAAAAGACAAAAAAAUGUAUGAAACAAUUUUUUUCUAAUGGUCUAUUUAUCGUUAGCUGUGGAUUUGUUUAAUUGCAUUAUCUGUAUGGUGGAUAUGAGAGUCUUACCACUUGAAUAAUAAUGAUAGCAUAUGACUUUGCAGUGUUCUUUAACAAACAAAUACAUUAUUGAUAUCAUCUUCAAUUUUUUACAGUGGAAUUAUGUCAUAUUGAGUAUUUAGUAAACAUCGUUAAUGAUAGUUGGAUAGUUGGAUUUGUGCUCUGGAACAUUGUGGUUGAAAAAAAAUAAUAAUAAAAAAAAUGAUAGAAAAAACAAAUGACAAUGCCUUGUUCAUGGAGUGAAUGUAUUUCCUCAUUGUGUGAAAAUUUAACAAGUUGUGUUGUAUGAAGCAUGGAAGUGUUACGGUAAGACUCGAUGUAGGAAAUUUCCUUUUCUUUGUGAUAGCAUUUUCCUAUUUUGAGCAUAUAUGGGCGCAUAUUAGAAGAUAGGUUUUUACUCAUGAACCAUGUGAUAUAUGACUUUUUGUUAGGAUACGUUUGAAUUUUCCAGUUUUGUCAGGUAUCGUUAAUGAACGAAGUAGUGGAGGGGUUUAAUGCCUCGUCUGUUUCUUGUCAAAGUCUAGUGCCUCUGAAUCGUUCAAGUGUGGAUUUGAAAUGACAGUUACCUAUAUGAUGUUCUGCACUUAGCAUUUGUAGAACCUCUCUGGUAUCCUCAAUAGACUUCCCGGCUUUGCAGGGAAAUCAUACAGCAUUAGAUGAAGAAACAAGUCUGGAUUUGCUGUGAAGUUUUGUGAUAUGUCUUGCAUUUGUAAAAUUCUUAGAUCAAAAGUGUUCAAAAUCAUGAUUUGUCCGUAGCACUACAGAAGAAUAUUGAAAGAAUAUUGAAAGAAUUUAUGCGUGUGUAGUAUUAAAGCAAGGGUGUUGCUCUAUCAUACAGAUUCUAAAAAUCUAAAAAUUCCAUUAAAAAGGAAUUAUGCUGCAAAAAGAGAACAAAGAGAUGCAUCCUUCAAAUCAUUUUUUUUUAAAACUCAUAUUAGAAUAUUAUUGUCACUGGAUGGUACUUGACUUCAGGGUACAUGUACCCAAACAAAGAAUCUCUUCAGGCAGAGAUUGUGACGACUUUGCUGGUCUUCUGCUCUCAUAGGGCCUACACUAUUAUGCUGGUGUUUUGUCUUAGAUGUGAUAGUCACCAGUCACCAAACUACCUCAUUUCAGCUUCUCUUUGCAACUAUUGUGUAGCCUUAAUCUCGACAAUAGUAAUGAUGAUGAUGAUGAUGAUAUUGAUACUGAUUAGGAUUGUUCUGUUUCACAGCCUUGUUUGUUUGUUUGUUUGUUUAUCCGUUUGUCCAUUAAUGUGAGUGUGUGAUUGUCCCUCGUAGCGCUUCUAUGACAGAACAAUUAAAACCAUCACUUCUAACGAAACAAAGUACAUCAAAUGUAUUAUAACUUUGACUUUAUCAUUCAUCAAGAUUUUUUUUGAAUUACUUGUAUGAAAUCAGUAUUUAUUCUUAACUUAUAACACUUGAUGAUAGAGUAUAGUAAUCAAUAGGGGGAAAAGAAUUGGCAUAUAUUAUAUUACUAAAAGAAAAACAUGGACCAAAUUUGCCACAGAUGAAAAAGUAAUUGAAUUAACCAAGAUUCAGUACUGUAGGAACCACAUUGUUUUUAACUUAAAUGAUGUAAUCCAUGUUUGAAAAAAGGAAAAGUUGUGUUGUUUACAAGGAUGAGUGAAAAAACAAGGAUAGCUGUCAACUAUUUUAUUGUAGUAUAUCCCUAACUGCUGUUGCUUAUUACAUACCGUAAAAGCUGUAAUCCAGUGACAUCAUUUUUUUUCUCAUCCUGUUGAAAAAUGCAUUGGUCAUUUGUAUGUCUUAACUCUGCUAUUAAACAUACACAUCUAAACUUUCAUUAACUGUGGCAUAUUAAACAAAUAGAAAACAUUAUUUUUCUGAGAUCCAAUUAGAGCUCUGUUUUGUAACCCAGAUUAAGGGAUGUUUCAUCUUGUUGAUGGGAAGACAUACUUCUGAUGACUGAUUAGAGGCAAAUGCUAUUUAGAAUGUCUAGAAUAAGAUGGUUCUUGUAUCUUUGAAUAUCUGGAUAUAACUUGUGUAGAGUAGAGAAUAUUCUUCAUCUGGAUUUGUUAGAAACGUUGGAGAAUAGGGUCGUCACAUGCAAAUCAUUAUUUCUGUGUGCAUAUAUAAAGUUUGAGAAACAUUGAAUUGUAAAAAUUGAAGGAAUGUAAAUUGGUACAAACAUACUGUACCAUUGUGAAUUGUUUUUAUCUGAGUAUUAAAUGGGGCAUGAAUAUUUCACUUUUAUUUCAACGUUAUACACCUAUAAAUUUGAGAUUAGCUUGUGGUGAAAACCCUUCUGUAAAUUAAAAAAACAAAUGGAACAGAUCUUAUGAGUUAAAUACAAAGAAAUUACUAUUUAGUAUUAACAGUGGUGUUAUCAAAAGAGUAUUUAAUGUUUGUUACCUGUUUUGGGUUGUUUUUUUAUUAUACAGAAUUACUCAAAUAUUGAAUUUGAAUAGUGAUAUAGAAUGCUUUUGUAAAUUUGCGGGGAUUUUUGCGCAUAUGUAAUAUCCUGUUAUUUGGUACAAAUUUUGGAAACCUUUGUAGGCAAUUAUGAAUCUAUUAACAUUAUUCUCCACACUGUGAUGUGAGAUGUUUGUAAUAUUUGAAUGUGAGUGGAUUUUCAAGAUUAGUGCUAGUAUUUGGUAUGAAUGCUGACCAAAUUUUGUUGGAAAGUUUCAAAGUUUGACUCUAUGAAUUGCAUGACGAAUAGACAAAAAGUAUUACACAGCAGUCAAUAGCUGAUUUUUCUCUCUCUCUCUUUACCAUGUAAGUGUUUAUGCAUAUUAUCAGUGCUGGGUUCGAUAGGGCACUUGUUGGAAAUGAAUAUUCUGGAUGUUUUGGAUGUAUUUUGCCUUUUUUUAUCACAACAAUUACUUCUGGUACAUGUCUUUUCAGUCUUAUAGUAGAGAUGUGCCUCAGACAAUGUUGAAAUCAUUAUACCAAUAUUGUCUUUUUUUCUUUUUUGUUCACCUUCUAACUCAGAAAAUGAACAUUCAUGUUUGUUUCUAUACCGUAUUUGAUUGUAUUGAAAUAGUCAUUUUUUUAGGCUUAUUUUAUUGAUUUCCACCUUACGAUUUAUAACAGGAGAAGGUGAAUUCCUUUGAGUUUGUAUUUGGCUGUUGAUUAUUAUACGCAUUGCCAUUGUACUGUACUUAAUAUUGUUACGUAUUUGCUCUUCCAAGCUUGUGAGAAAAACUGGUUGUUUUUUCACCUUUUGUUUAUCUUCAUGUGUGUGCCUGAGUUUUUUGGUAUACCGGCUGGAGCCAUUAAUAGUAGAUUAACUUUUACCCUGGCUCACUAGUUGUUAUAUUGAUAAUCCAAAUGCUACAGCGCUGCUAGUAUUAAUAUAUAUAUUGACAUUUUUCCUAGUAGGACUAAUUGAAUUUUGCUGUAAAUUCCGAACAUUAGCGGUAUUUGGGAAUUCGGUAUAUAUUUAUGCGCCUUUAUUUGCAAAUUAAGAUUGAAUAUAUUAUUUGAAUUUCAAUUGAAUGCCAACUUAUUUUCAUUCCAAUAUAUAGAGCAUUAGAGUUCCAUCAGAUAUAUUUGUGUGAUUAAUAAUUAAUUCAAGUAUUUUAAUAUUUAGUAUCUUAUGCAGCCAAAAUACAUAAAUUUUUCCCACACUGUAUAACAUAUUAUUCAGAAUUUCCAACUGUUACUAAUCACAAAUGAAUUUAAAAUGAAAUUAAAAAUUCGAAGUAUGAAGAUAAUUAUCAAAAUCAAAUAUAAACCUGGCUGUUAUCAUUUUGUCUGUUUGGGGGCAGAAGGACUUUAACUCCAUGUUAAAAGAUAUGAGUUAGAGACCUUCUGGCUCCAAACAGAGUACUUAUCAAUGACAACAUUCUACCACCUCAAAACAAUGAUGUAAUUUUUCUAUUUUAGAAAAGAUUUUACAAUUUUCCCUCAAAAUAUAUGCCAUCCCAGUCAAAAAUCCUCUCAGAAACAGGUCCUUUACAUUUAAUCAUAUUAUGAUACAUUGAUAUGAUAUCGUAUAUAGGCAAGAACAAUACAAUUUAUGUAGAGAAUCUAUUAUUAAAAGGCUCAAAUGUAAUGAUGUACUGCCAUCAUCAACAGCUGUAGUAUGAUGUGAUGUAUUUUUCAUAUGUAUCACCAUCUGUUAUAUUGAAUACACUUGUUGCAAAUAGGUAUGAAAGAAUCAAAAGUUUCCUCAUUGAAAAUGAUAGCACUCAACGAAUGUUAAGAAUAGAUUGUUAACAAUUAAAUAUAGGCCCUUGUGUGAGGUUAAUUUACAAUUGAUUUGUAUGUGAUAAAGAGAAUUGUUGCAUUUUAUUGUCCUUAAACACACACACUGGUAGGUGUACUUGUCAGUAUAGUUUUCAGGUUUUUUCUUUCACCAUGUUUUAAAUGAGAAAAAAAAGCAUGAAAUUUGUCAGUAUUUGAAGUGAUUUUUCUAUUUUGAUUAUUUUUCCUUUAUUUUUAUAGUCAUAGUGAUGACUGGGUUAUUUUGAUUGUUUCAGUGAGUUUUAUUAUGUGAUAAAGGUACUUGAGUCAUGGCUUCUUUGUGUGAAAUUUGACUGGCUUCUAUAUGUUUAAUAAUGGGAAAUUGUAGGAUUUUGGCAAUACACCAAAGCUGCAUUGGA